AUGAAGUUAUCUGAUGACAAUCCAUUUAAUGAGGAGUUAUUAGACAACUUAGUAAAGUCUGAAAACAUGUUGAAUACAAAAGAAGUGCAGUUGAGUACAAUGCUUAAACUUAAGGCUAGAACCAAAUGGGUUAAAGAAGGGUCAGCAAACACUAACUUUUUUCAUACAAAGCUGAAAGUAAGAUUCAAGCACAAAGAAGUAAAUAUUUCAGAAGCACUACUUGAGGUAAUUCCAAAUUUAAUUACAACAGAUGAUCAAGCAAUGUUCGAUGUUGUACCAACUAUGGAAGAAAUAAAACAAAAUGUAUUUGAAAUGGAUCCAGAUAGCUCUCCAGGUCCAUAUGGCUUUUCAGGAAGCUUUUACAGGGCAUGUUGGAAGAUAAUUCAAGAUGAUGUAGUUAAAGCAGUUCAAUUUUGCUGGAAAAGGACAUUCAUCCCAAAGGGUUUAAAUUCUAAUUUUCUUGUGUUGAUUCCAAAGGUAGCAGGUGCAAGAUCUCCUCAGCAAUACAUGCCAAUUGGUUUGAGCAAUGUAAGUUUCAAAAAUUUUACCAAAAUUAUUUCAUCAAGAAUGUCAAGCCUCAUGCAUAAGCUAAUUUCUCCUCAACAAGCUGCAUACAUCAAAGGUAGAAACAUACAAGACCAAAUUAUUUUAGCUUCUGAAAUGGUCAAUGAAAUGAAAAAGAAAAGAAGAAAUGAUACAUGGUGUGAAUGGCUUAGUAUUCUUUUUGAAUCUGCAAGAAUUUCAGUUAUGAUAAAUGGAGGACCAAAUGGUUUCUUUUCAGUGGGUAGAGGGUUGAGACAAGGAGAUCCACUAUCUCCAAUACUUUUUGUCUUGAUGGAAGAUGUUCUAAGUAGAAAUCUAACUAAAUUGGUGAAGGAAGAUGAUGUUUUUAUCUUCUGCAAUGGAGGAAAGAAGAGUGUUCAAAAUCUGCUGAAACUGUUAGAAGAAUACCAAGAUAGUUCAGGCCAAGUAAUUAAUAAAAGCAAAAGUAAGCUUUUUGUUGAUGGAACAUCUACAGCAAGAACUUUGCAAAUCAAGGAAAUAAUGCAAAUGGAAGUUAAUUGCUUGCCUGACAAAUAUUUGGGGGUAAUAUUACAUUCUGGCAGGCCAGGACUUAAAUGGGCUUGGAAUCACUUGAAGGAAAACAUCAGAUGGUGUCUUGGGGAUGGGCAGAAGAUAUCUUUUUGGUUUGAUUCAUGGUUAAGUAAUUCUCCAUUAAUUGAAGAAGUAGGAGUCACAGAGUAUGUUAAAGAGCAUAUCAACCUGAAAGUAUCAGAUUUAAUUCUUGAAGGAAAGUGGAAUUUGCCUGAGGAGCUACAACUAAUGCUUACACACUAUACUCUACCUGAAAUUGGUGUUGGUGAUGAUAUUUUAAUAUGGAAAGGUGAAGUCAAAGGUAAUUUCACAACUGCUUCUGCAAUCAAUUUAAUAAGAAACAAAGAACAACCAUUGCAAUGCUACAAAAAAAUUUGGAAUUCAUUUUUGCAUCCCUCUAUAGCAAGCAAUAUAUGGAAAUUAAUUCAAGGGGUGUAUGUGGAUGAUUCUGUAAUGGUAAAAAGGGGCUUUGAAUUAGCUUCUAGGUGUUGUAUUUGUGAAGAAGAACAAGACAAUAUGCAUCAUUUAUUAUGGGAAUGUAAAUUCAGUAAGAAGAUCUGGCAUUGGAUAUGCUCAGUUUUUAACUUUACAAUUCCAAAGUCCUUUGAAGAGGUGUGGAGCAGAGCAAGGAAUAAAAGUCCUUUUAUUAAAGAAUGUUGGAUCAUAGCAGCCUGUGCCAUAUUGAAAGAACUGUGGUUUCAGAAGAACAAGUUGUGGUUUGAACAGAUAAAGUCAAACAUUCAAAGUUUCAAGGCAAGAAUCAAGAAAACAAUUUAUGAGGGGAGUCUCAGAAUGACAAGCUACAAAUGGAUCUCUGACAUUGAUAAUCAGGUAAUCCUGUUCUUUAAUCUUGAACCAAGAAAAAACAAAUUUCAGUACAUUAAAACUUGUUUCUGGAGACCACCUAGUCCUGGUUUUAUUAUGUUCUGUUGUGAUGGUGCUUCAAUUGGGAACCCAUGA